AUGGACCACUCUGCCGCCAUCAUGGAGGAUGCCGGGAAGCGUGUUGAUGAUGCCGCAACUGACGCGGUCCAAGAACGCUCUUCAACCAGCCGUAGCACAACCAGCGCUCGCGACGGCCGCUCGAACAACUUCAACCAGCGGAAACGCAAAGGUGACUUCCAGAAUGCCGGUCGCAACCAAGGCAGCCGCAAAGGCCGAGGAGGGGGUGCUCACGACGAUACGAGACAUAAGAGGGGCGAUAUGGGUCGAGGAGACGCCUCGAACCCAGACAAGCGUCAACGCACCGAUGCUUCCCGUGUGAAACGUGAAGAAGGCGAUGGACCAAAGUACGGCACCGCAUUCUCCAAAGAAGAGAUCGAUGCUGAAGAGCGCCGGCCGAAGCGCAAGGUCGCGGUGCUGAUCGGCUACUCUGGGACUGGGUAUAAGGGCAUGCAGAUCUCAGCGCAGGAGAAGACUAUCGAGGGCGAUCUGUUCAAGGCUUUCAUCGAGGCAGGCGCGAUCAGCAAGGCCAAUGCUGACGAUCCGAAGAAAGCGAGUCUGGUAAGGUGUGCGAGGACGGACAAGAACGUGCAUGCCGCAGGCAACAUGAUUAGCCUGAAGCUCAUUGUUGAGGAUGACGACAUCGUGGAGAAGAUUAAUGCUGCCUUAAGCCCACAGAUCAGGGUCUGGGGUAUCGAGCGGACGAUCGGAAGCUUCAGCUGCUAUCAGGCGUGCGACAGCCGCUGGUACGAGUACCUGAUCCCGUCGUAUGCAUUUCUGCCACCUCAUCCGAGCAGCUGGCUGGCGAAGAAGCUGGAGGAGCUUGCCGAUGAGGCGGGUGACCGCGAGGGAUACGACACCAGGCAGGAGGAGGUCAGGGCAUUCUGGGCUACAGUGGAGGAAGCAGCGAUCAAGCCGAUUCUCGACAGCAUCGACGACGACAUACGAUACGAUGUCAUCAAAGCGCUGCAAGGCAAAGACGAAGCUCUUUCGAAGGGAGGGAAAGUGGAUGCCGACAUGGAUCAGACGGUCAAGGUUGGCACGGCGGCUGAUGCAGAUGCUGGGGCCAUGGAAGUGAAAGAAGAGAAGACCGAGGAGGCGGCGGUCAUCAUCAACGAUCCAGCGGCCAAUGCGGAUUCUAAGGCGACAGAAGAAGCUGGGAAGAGCCUGGAAGCUGCAGCGCCACCUACCACAGCGGAGCCUGGGGCCGUACCACCAUCUACCGACGAAGCCGCUCCUACGGGAACAGACUCCACACCAGCAAUCACCACAUCCACCAAGCCUCAACUCACCCCAGAAGAGUACGACCGUCAGACUCGUCUUCGCGCCGCAACCAAGCGUCUUCGUGCCGCCUACAACACCGCAAAACGCCAAUACCGCAUCCCCGCUCAACGUAUUAAUCGCAUUCAAGAUGCCCUCACCCGCUUCGUCGGCACCUCCAACUUCCACAACUACACCAUCCAGAAGACUUUCCGUGACCCCAGCGCCAAGCGCCACAUCAAAUCCUUCGUUAUCAACCCGCAACCUAUCCUCAUCGGCGACGGACCCGACGAAGACAAGACCGAAUGGCUCAGCCUGAAAGUCCACGGACAGAGCUUCAUGAUGCACCAGAUCCGCAAGAUGGUCGGCAUGGUCACACUCCUCGUCCGCAGCGGAGCCGAUCUCGCCACGCUCAGCAAGUCAAUGACAGAAGCACGCUACUCGAUCCCCAAAGUACCCGGCCUGGGCCUCCUUCUCGAGCGGCCCGUCUUCGACUCCUACAACAACAUUCAAGCGCCCAAGCACGGACGGGACAAGCUGGAUUUCGGCAAGUUCGACAAGGAGUUGGAGGCAUUCAAGCAGCGGGAGAUUUACCAGAGGAUCUUCCGCGAGGAGGAAGAGAAGAAUGAGUUUGUGAAGUUCUUCAAUCACGUGGAUAACUUUAAGGAGCCGUUCUUCCUGUAUGUGUCGAGUAUGGGGCAUGCGGCGACGGGGGUGGUUAAGGAUGAGGCGGAGUUGGUGAAGAGUGAGAGUGAGAGUGAGGAUGAAAGGGCGGGUGUGGAGGAUAACUGA